AUGGACUUGAUGGAUCUUCCCGCCGAACUGCUCUGCCAGUUUAUCGACCUUGCCGUGUCUGAAGGUUAUGGUGGCCUUUAUGAGCGUAGCACAGUCAAUCUCCGUCUCGUUAACCACUUCUUUGACAUUCAAGUUCCAGCACGAAAUUUCUCCUAUCGAUGCUCGAGGGUGCUUGUGAACCCCCGCUACGAAGCUAUGCUGGCUUUCACUACAAGAUACCUUCUACAAAGGCCACAUUCAGCACUAGACCGAAGGGCGAAUUUCGCAUGCCUGGUCAAUUACGUUGUGGUUUAA